AUCAAAUUUCAAUGGCAUGCAGAGAAUUUGCUCGAAAUGGUUUUCACCCUCUACUGCUCUACCUAAAGCAAAAUCCCAACCCCUCUCAUAGAACCAAAUCCCACCGACGUCCUAAUAUGUUGGUACAAGAUUCAAACACACACACACACUCUCUCUCUCUCUACUACUACUACAAAACCCAUCCAGCUACACUCCCACAGUCACAAAUCCGAAACCCAUCUCAAGUUCUCCAACAAAAACCUCAAAUCCAUCCACCCAACACCACAUAGCACCAAACGAUCAACCAAUCCCCCCUCCACACUACCAAUUACCAACGCCACAAGAACCAACCCCCCACACAUUUAUAAGGAUCAAAGCCAAGAGCAAAGAGCAAGAUCAAAGCAAAGCAAAGCCGCCGCACUAGUGAGGAAGAUAGCAAAAGGGGAAGAUCGGAGGAGGCGCCAUGGGCAGCGCCGGCAAGAUCGUGCGCACGGCGCUGCACGCCUUCUUCCGGCACUACCACCCGGCGUCCUCGGCGGCGUCGCUGCUGGCGUUGCCGUUCUCCGCCGCCGCGCUGCUCUCGCGCUCCCACCCGGCGCUGCUCGCGCCGUCGCACUUCCUCUCGCGCCGCCUCCGCCGCGUCCUCGUCGCCGCGGGGUUCCCGCCGGCGUCCCAGCUACUCUUCCUCCUUAGCCACCGCCUCUCCCAGCGCGCGUGCACGUUCCUCGCCGCUCUGCCGUUCUCGCUCUCGUUCCUGCUCCUCGCCAAGGCCUGCGCCGUGCAUUGCUGCUCGACGCCGCCGCCGCUGCAGCGGUGCCGGCGCAAGCGGCCUUCGGACGCCGUCGUCCAGGUAGUGCAAGCGUCGUACCCUGCGAUGGUGCAGACACAGAUCGUGAACUGCCUCGCGCUGCUGCUCGCCAUUGCGGGCGUCUUCGCCGCGCUGCUCGCCGCGUUCAACGCCUCCGAGGCGCUGCACCUGCUUGUCGCUCCCUCCGGCUCCGGCUCCGUCUCCGACGGCGGCGGCGGCGGCAGGGCCGUGCUCGCGCUCUCGGCGGCCGGCGUGAUCGUCUAUUCGGUGGUGCUGGCCAACGCGUCAGUGGUGUGCAACCUAGCCACGGUCGUCGCGGCGGCCGAGGGCCGGGGCGGCGCCCACGCCAUGCUCAAGGCGCUCUUGAUGCUGCUCCAUGCAGGCGACGCCGCCACCGCCGUCGCCGCGUCCCUGCCGGCCAGCCUCGCCGCCGCCGCCAUCGAGGCGCUGUUCCAGCUCAGGGUGAUGCGGCCGUACACGCUCACCGGCAAGGUGACGCCGGGGAUGCUCUGCGAGGGGCUCCUCGUCGCCUACAUCCACGCCAUGAUCUGUGUCCUCGACACGGUCAUCACCAGCAUGGUCUACCAGACCUGCAAGGCCAGCCAUUCUUGCCACCUCUUGGAGCUGGAGCUGGAUGGCAAGGAGGACUUGAGAGUCUGAUUCCCCCCCCCCCCCCCCCUGCAAUUUUAAUUGCUAGAACAUAGAAGUCAGACAUCUCAUGAUGGCGAUGCGUAUUGAUAAAAUCUUUGAUUUUUGGUUUCCUCUUUCUGUCCUUUCUUUUGACCUUUAUGUGGGUUAAUUGCUGGUUCUUGGGACAUAGGUUCUGUUAGUUAGUGUUAGCACUUUAGGACGAGCAUCAGGUCCAUCAGAUUGGUAAGAGAGACAUUUGAAAAUAACUACAGCAGAAUGGUCUAUAAGAUUCUAUAUAAAUAAUCAAUAAGUUUUCAUAUACAAUUGGGUUAUCAUGGCAUUUGCAUAAGGUUGUCUUGAUUGUUUUCUGAUGCUGUUCAGGUACAUGAAUUGACCGGUAUACUCACCUUUGUAAAGUCAAAUAAAUGGUCAACGUUUACAGGGAUAUGAGUAUGAAACAGUUUGCAGGUCAGCAGGCUUUUCACCAUAACUAUCAGGAUCACAGUAUCCUUAAACCAUGCCGUGUUUCGGGCAUUUAAUUCUCUACUCCAAGUGACUGUAGCUGCAUCAUCUGUUGGAUAAGAUCGACACCCUGACAUGCCACCCAAAGUUGCCCCAGCAAUUUGGGUCAGUUGUUGAGAUCCUGAGCCCCACCAUUUUCAAGUGCAUCUUUCCUUGAUUCCAAAGCAAAGCCAGAGGAGAAGAGGGCAGGCCACUAUAUACAUGCAUGUGGUUUCUGUGAACAUGUCCAGAUCAGCUUGGGGAGAAGUCAGUGAGUGCUGCUGAGCAAGUGGUGAAAAUCUCAAUGAUUUUGUACCAGCUUUCUUGUGUGUGAGUUUAUUCAUAGGCUCCAAUCCAAUCCAGAUCUGGGAAAUAUGUGCAGAUUCCUAGUGCCACAAGGUUACAACAACUCUGCUCCAGUAGAGACAGGACUUUAGGCACCAUUGGAUCACAAAAAGGUGUAUAUGGGAACUAGGUUACAUAAUAAUUGGGAGGAGGAAAAGCUAUGGCACAGUAGAGAAAUAGGCUUUUGGUAUGGUCCAAUGGGAGAUGAGUACUAAUGUUUUGCAUUGGCCUC